AGCAACUUUUUUUUGAACCUGGACAGUAUGACUCGAAUGAAUCAAGACUAUCCCUCUCCCUUCCUCGUCUUUGUCUUUCCUAAAAAUCCAACUUUACCUCGAAAGCUGGCCAAUUCCCCCUCGCCGCCUUUGACGAGAAGAUCCUUCAUUGACCCCUCACUCUUCCAUCCCAUUGACACUAGAACGGACGUCCUCGUGCUACCGCCACUCUCCGCCGCCGCUCCAAAGCACCGCCCUAGCUCCCUCGCCUCCUCGACUACAUUCACUUGCUUCAUCAUGUGUCCCUCGUGCGAGCCCGAGCAGUCCAACGGAGCUGCCAAUGGCAGCUCCAACGGCUCCAGUGGCACCAACGGCUCCCAUGCCGGCAUGACGGGCAUCCAGAGCCGCCACGUCAACCAGCAGCGGAACCCUUACGCCCCCGUCGGCGACUUUCUGUCCAACCUGAACAACUUCAAGAUCAUUGAGAGCACCCUCCGCGAGGGCGAGCAGUUCGCCAAUGCCUUCUUUGACACUGCCAAGAAGAUCGAGAUCGCCAAGGCACUCGACGACUUUGGUGUCGACUACAUCGAGCUCACCAGCCCGGCGGCCUCGGAGCAGUCGCGCGCCGACUGUGAGGCGAUCUGCAAGCUGGGCCUCAAAGCCAAGAUCCUGACUCACAUCAGGUGUCACAUGGACGAUGCUCGCAUCGCCGUCGAGACCGGAGUUGAUGGUGUCGAUGUCGUCAUUGGCACUUCGUCGUUCCUCAUGGAGCACUCGCACGGGAAGGACAUGACCUACAUCACCAAUGCCGCGAUCGAGGUCAUCAACUUCGUCAAGAGCAAGGGAAUUGAGGUCAGGUUCUCGUCGGAGGACUCGUUCCGCAGCAACCUCGUCGAUCUGCUCAGCAUCUAUUCGACCGUGGACAAGAUUGGAGUCAACCGGGUUGGCAUUGCCGACACUGUUGGAUGCGCCUCCCCGCGUCAGGUGUACGAUCUUGUCAAGACCCUGAGGGGAGUCGUCUCAUGUGAUAUCGAGACUCAUUUCCACAACGAUACCGGCUGUGCUAUCUCAAAUGCCUUCUGUGCUCUUGAGGCGGGCGCCACCCACGUGAGUUAGCUUGUGCGAGAUGGUGAAUUUUUUGCAUGAACGACACAUGCUGAUUGCGAGUAGAUCGACACCAGUGUCCUGGGUAUUGGCGAGAGGAAUGGCAUCACGCCCCUGGGAGGUCUCAUGGCUCGCAUGAUUGUCGGCUCUAAGGAGUACGUUCUGAGCAAGUACAAGCUGCACAAGCUCAAGGAGAUCGAGGAGCUUGUUGCCGAGGCUGUGCAGGUCAACAUCCCCUUCAACAACCCUAUCACUGGGUUCUGCGCCUUCACCCACAAGGCCGGAAUCCACGCCAAGGCCAUCCUGAACAACCCAUCAACCUACGAGAUUAUCGACCCGGCGCUGUUCGGAAUCACGCGCUAUGUGCACUUCGCUAGUCGCCUGACUGGCUGGAACGCCAUCAAGAGCAGAGUAUCGCAGCUCAACAUCGACAUGACGGAUGAGCAGUGCAAGCAGUGCACGGCCAAGAUCAAGCUUCUGGCUGACAUCAGGCCAAUCGCCAUCGACGACGCCGACUCGAUCAUCCAUGCCUUCCACCGCAGCAUUGUGGCUGGAAAGCCUAUCGAGUCGCUGGGGAGCCUGCUACCCAACAUGACUGCUGAGGAGAAGAGUGCGCUUGCCGACAUGGAGAACCGCGGUCGAGAGCUCGACAUGGCGGAUGCGCCCCCGGCCAAGAAGGCCAAGGCCGAGAUUGCGGCCUAAGACCAGACAUCGCGGACAUGAUGGUGGAGGCACGAUUGCAUUUGACACUCGCCGGCUACCACGCCGACGAAGUGGACACACAGGAAAACAAAAUGGGUGCCAAAAAUAGUGUUUUGGGAAGGUAUUUCAAAACAAAAGUAUCAUACCAGGUUCAGGAUUGCGUGGCUUUAUUUUGCUUGGUAUCUAAAUAGCUUAGCUACCGCCAUUUGAGAUAUAUGACGAUGAUUUUACGUUCAGCA